AUGCCUCCCGGCUGCCGCACCAUCGCCUUCUCGCAGUGGGGUGGCUUCACUGCAGCGCCCGAGCAAGUCACACCGACCGGAGAGCUCAAGGCCUCAGACCUGCAGACACUGAAGCGAGUGAACACCAACUCCGAGCUUACAAGGUCAUUCGAGAUGGUGUCCAUCAAGGAAGAGAAGAAACAGACGAUGGCCGAAAAGUUCGCGCUCGAAGGACUGAACUGUGAAGAUCUUCCGUCGGCAUUCGACUCUGACGACGAAGAAGAAGACUACGACAUCCGACAUGCUCGCUGA